AUGAUACCUUUUCUUGGACGUUGUAAGAUAAGACAGUUUGUGAAAGGUAAACCUAGGCCAGUUGGUCUUAAAAAUUUUGUAGUUACUACGUCCGAUGGUCUAAUUAUUGAUUUCGAAAUAUAUCAAGGACUUACCACGCCUUUUCCUGACAAAAGUCUAGGACUUGGACCGGCUGUAAUUUUACGUCUUAUUGAUACAAUACCAGAAGGUUCAUCUGUAUUUUUCGAUCGAUAUUUUACGACUAUUCCGUUGAUGCAAAAAUUAGUACAGCUAAAAAUUCAUGGAACUGGUACUAUACAAAUGAAUCGUCUACAGAAAUUUCAAUUUAAAGCAGAUUCUAAAAUGAAAAGAGGGGAUUUCGAAGAAAUUGUAUCUGAUGAUAAAAAUAUUUCUAUGUUGAAAUGGAAAGACAACAAGUCAGUAGUUAUGACAUCAACAUGUUACGGAGGUUUACCGACAACAACAGUAUCCAGAUGGGAUAAAAAACAAAAAAAACAUAUUGAAGUACAAAUUCCUAAUAUGAUAUCAAAAUACAAUGAAAAAAUGGGCGGUGUUGAUCAUUUUGAUCAAAUGAUGGAAUAUUAUAGAACUUGGUUAAAAACAAGAAAGUGGCCACUUUACGUUAUACUACACUUACUUGACCUAUCAGUAACUAACAGCUGGUUUGAAUAUUUAGAAGAUUGUAAAAUAAAUAAAAUACCAAAAAAAAAAAAUUAA